GGCUAAGUCCUGCCCUGGGCCCGCCCUUGGAGGCGCAGGCCCCGCCUCCCGGGCAACGCGUUUCCGGCGUUGUAACGCGGCGCUGGUUGGCUGGCCAGGCGGAGAACAUGGCGGCGUCCGUGCUGGGCUCGCUGCUGCGGACUUUCCGGCAGGCGGUUCCUCCAUCUGCAUCAAGUCAGGUUCGAGGUUACUAUGUAGACUGGAAAAUGUUGCGUGAUGUGAAGAGACGAAAAAUGGCUUCUGAGUAUGCAGAUGAGAGACUUCGGAUCAAUUCUCUCAGAAAGAACACCAUUUUGCCAAAAGACCUUCAGGAAAUGGCCAGUGAAGAAAUUGCUGCCCUUCCACGGGAUAGCUGUCCUGUGAGAAUCAGAAAUCGGUGUGUUAUGACAUCCCGUCCACGUGGUGUAAAGCGUCGCUGGAGGCUGAGUCGCAUUGUCUUCCGCCACUUAGCUGACCAUGGGCUACUUUCUGGAGUUCAGCGAGCAAUAUGGUAAAUCGGUUUCAGAACUUACGCAGCUGCCCGGGAAGCCAAUCCUGGCAAAAGAGACUUUACUAAUAGACUGAAGUUUUUAUCGGGUCUAGUAUGUUUAGUCUACCUGAUACUGUUGACAGUUAAAUUACUUUUAGAUUUUUAAAUAACGAAAUGUGGUGAUUUGUCAUUGAAUUGUCUUUUCUCUUUAAUUUUACAAUAGGCAUAUUACAAGGGAUGAGUGGAAUAAAAAUGUUUUCUGUGGAAGUAUGGUGUUUUCCUUCAAGUUUGAUGUUUAGUAACAAA